UCGCUGCUCGGUGAAUUUAAUGUGGCAUGCGCUUACCUUAAAAAUAUAUAUAAACCACAUAUAUAGUAUUUAUACGUAUAGUAUACAACCUUUGUUUAAAAACAUCAACCAAAAUAUUACGUCGCUAACGUUUUGUAAUAGUUGUUGAUAAGUUGGUCUGAAUUGACUUUUGUGCACAUUUAUUCGCCGUUGUUCCGUCGGAAAUCGGCGCACGGAUGCCUUAAAUUGACGAUGCUCAUGAUGUGAUGUUUGCCUAGAGAGCAGGCCGGGCCACCAAAAACAUCAAAACGUUGCGAACAAGUUACUCAGUCAAAAUGUUUCGACAGCGAUGCAACAGGUUCUGAAAGUAGCACCCAGGGUUCCAAAAGAGUAAACGUUACAAAACACAAGCAAUCACAAAUAACGGAAACCAAACAGUGCCAAAAAUGUAUUGCGACAAUGGAACGGAGUUAGGCACGAGCACAAAUUUAAAUACACACAUCAUAAAUCGAAGCAGCGGCAAGAAUUGCAGCACAUCCUCAACAGAUUCGGGCGUCGGUUUGGUUGAUAAUGCAGUUACAUUCAAGGCGGGAUCAACGACCAAAGAUAGCAAUAGCACGACAAGCAGCAAAUAUGAGGAAACAAAGGAGAAGUUCGAGCCACAGGCGGAGACGGGGGCGGAAGCGAAUCCCCAACGUAUCAGCAUUGAGGUUGAGGCAACAGUAAACCUCAGCAAGCCAGCAGCCAAUCGGUCGAAGAAAUCAUCACCCGCAGUCUCAAUACGCAGCACGACGAUCUCCAUCGUGUCUAUCGAUGAAAAUGCCAUCGAUUCUAGCUGCAUUGACAGCGACUCCGAGGCGGAAGCAGACGAGAGCUGCACGGUGCAAAAACUGGGCCAACAGGUCACCUACCCGCCACACAGUGCCGAGCUGACGCAGCUCAACAAAGGACUAACAGUGAUUAGUCGACAGGUGGUGCCCAGCACUGGUGAGGUGCCAUCGCCGCCCACAGCACCCGAUGUGGUGGCCAAGCAGCUGCUCAAUGGCAAUCUAAAUCUGGCAACGCCAGCAACCCCAGCCUCGCCGCAGCAAAUCGGCAGCAUUGCCUUAACCAACACUACAGACGUUACUUUUGGUGAUAAACACUACUACGAGGGCCCUGUCACGAUACAACAGAUCCUGAUCGAUAAUCGCGAAAAGUGGAAAACGCUCGAUGGUGAAUCGGGUGGUCAGGAUAAUCCCGGUUUUAAUCCACAGUCAACGUCAAAUGGCAACGCUUCAGGUGCCAAAUUAAAUGAGUCCUGCAAGGAGCCUGUGAUUUGCCCGUUUCUGCCACAUACAAUCGGCCGCAAAGCCCUUGUUAUAACAUCAGCCUUUGCGAUUUUAACUUUAGUCUUGAUCGUUAUACUGGCAACCACCACAAAUCUCUUUGGCAAGACGUUAAAUAAAAGUAAGCUUGGUGAUGGCGACGAUUCCAGACAAAAUAUUCCAAUCAAUUCAACAAUAGCUAUCGAUGGCAGCGAACUAGUGUUGGUCAGCAUUGAUGAGUGGGAUGGCAGAAUGUCGCGUCCGUCUCUCGAGCCCCUAAAACUGCCCGUGGAUCGUGUUAUUAUAGCACACACCGUAACUGAGGGAUGUGAUACGCUGGAUGUGUGCUCUUAUCGCGUACGGGUCAUGCAAGCGUAUCACAUGGACAUAUUGGACUGGGAGCAGGUCGGCUACAAUUUCAUGGUGGGCGGCGAUGGACGCGUCUAUGUGGGUCGCGGCUGGGAUUUCAUUGGAGCGCAUACCAUCAAAUACAACAGGAGCAGCAUUGGCAUAGCCUUCAUUGGAAGCUUCGAUAAGAUAAAUGCAACGGAGCUGCAGCUGCGGGCCUGCCAGUUGCUCCUUGCGGACGGAGUGCGCCUUAAGAAACUAACGCCGGAUUAUAAGAUCUACGGACAUAGGCAGCUGCUGGCCACCCAAAGUCCUGGCGACAAGCUUUACAAUAUUAUCAAGACCUGGCCACACUUUGCAAAGACAACUUAGAUUUCCUUUUUUUAUUGUUAACAAAGUGUAUUAUUGUGGUAUUUUAUUUUAAUAAACAAUAUAAAAACUCAAGUAAAAGGCGGUUUGUUUUGCCACGCCUUCUACAUUGCUUCACCCACUUUAACCUUCUAUAUACUCUACAUAUAUUUGUCUAUAUGACUAAUCAUAUUAUCUUGCACUUAUUUUACAGAUCAGGACAAUAUUGGUGGUGGCUUGGUCUUGAGAUUUGUGCCGCGCGCUGCUUGGCUGGCCCAGCCACCGCAGAAACAACUAC